AUGUCAAAGGAUCAGCUGCACAUCCUUUGUCACCAAUGGAAGACGGACCCCGAAACCCGUUUCAUGAAAGCGACGCUCCCCUCUGGUCGUAUUGUCGGCUUUGCGAAAUGGAACUUCUUCUCCACUAAUGGCCCGCAAAACCCAUUCCCCACAGAGUUCCCCCCUGCAGGAAACCCUGAAUUCGGCAAAUGGCUCUUUGGCGAGUUCGCUAGAGUUAUGAACGAGAAGAUGCUGGGCAAGAAAUAUGUGUAUAUGCACGUCCUUGUUGUUGAUCCGGAGUUCCAGCGACAUGGUAUUGGAAAACGCCUGCUUGAGUGGGGGUUGAAGUUGGUGGAUGAUGAGGGAUUAGAGACGUAUAUUGACGCUAGUCCUGAAGGGAGAGGACUUUACGAGAAACUUGGAUGGAAGACCAUUAACGUGCUAGACAUGGAUCUGAGUAAGUGGGGUGGAAAGGAUGAAAGAUCUACGGCUUAUAGCAUGAUAAGGCCAAUUGGAGGAAAGACAGUUUAG